GAUCCAGAUGUGAGCCCCAUCUUUACUCAUUCAAAUAAAAUUUUCAGACACCGUCCAUUCUCCACAGCUGAAAACCUCCCUUAGCUCGACCUCUUCAUCGGUCUCCUAUCCUCCUAUCAUCCCUGUCUCAGUUUUGUUUUUGUUUUGUUCUUUGCCUGGUCCCUCCACCAUGUUACGUGUCAUUGGGUCCCUUGAAAGGUGCUAUAUUACUUCAAUCGACUAUUGUACAUUGAGUCCUUCAUCUCUGGCUUUCAUCAGGGAAAGUUGCUUGUCGUGGCUCAAGCGCCCAGCUCUCUUCAUCAGCAGGCGAGCUGUGUCCAGCCAGCUUUGACCAAAUUCAUAGAUUAGUCUCUGUUUUCUCCUUUCCUCCCUACGAGUUCUGUUUCAGGAACCCCUUUGGAGCCAAAAUACCCCCAACUCUUCCCUACCCCACUCAAAUCGUCCAGGCAGACCGGGGACUGUCCCAACAACAGAUCCUCGCCCAGUUCACACGUGCAGACGUCGCCCUCUCGUCCAGGGACAGAGUGUCCUUCAGACAUUGAAAAUCCCCCUGACUGGAGAUGAAAAUAUUAACGUCAUCUGCAUAAGCAGAGAUUGUAGGGAUGGUUCAAUGCUGGGGCAAAGAGAGAACAAAACACUGUGCACCCUGAUACAACUAACCAACCAAAGACAUAUCACCAAAGCCAAAAGCCCUGAGCGCAUAAAAGCCUGGUGUGUGAGUCAGCAUUACCAAAAUGGUGGCCACCAUAGUUUCUCCAUAACUCCUCUUCCAAAACCAAAGGUCUCCUUGAGUCAUGACGUCUCAAGAGGAGGCUUCUUCCUUCAGGAGGUUUUUUCAGUAUGUGGAGGACAGUGGCCUUCGAACCUAUGACGGUCUGGUGAUCCAAAAUGCUUCAGAUAUUGCCAGAGAGAGCGACCGCAUCCGCAACCAGACUAACUGGGCCUACCUGCAGGAGAAACACCAGAAGAAGAGACGGCAGGAAGAUGCCAUCAAGAGGAUAAGCGAAGAUGUUGCCAUGGCAACAGAAGGGACAUACUCUGGGAAACAUUUCAGGAUGGGAUUCAUGACAAUGCCAGCACCACAGGAUCGUCUGCCCCCUCCCAGUCAGGGCUUCACUGUCCGAUCACAGUCCCUCCACUCAGUGGGGGGCGGAGACGACGACUCCAACCAAAACCCCAAACUACCCCCACCCAAACCCCGGAGAGACCCCAACACCAAACUGAGCGACAGCUCCGAGACCAUGAAUGGCUCUGCACCGGCAAGUAGGAAGGACUCCCACGACACCAGAGAGAUUGUGGAGCAUGCUGAAGCUAAAUGCCACCUUUACAGUGAAGACUUCAAAAAGAUGCCUCCACCUAAACCCAAACGGAACCCAAACACUCAGCUCAGCACCUCUUUUGAUGAAUCUUACAUACGUAGCCAUGGAAACAAGAAAUCGUCAUUGCGUUGGGACAGUUCGUUGUCUCAGAGUCAGAGUCCUGCGUCUCGAGACACGGAUGAUGAGGAACCGGUCUACAUUGAGAUGGUGGGAAACAUCCUGCGAGAGGUUAAAUGUCAGGAAGCUUUGGAUGACGAGCAGAAUGAGUCUGUGUAUGAGGAGAUGAAGUACCCGAUGGAGGACUUCCUGCAGGAGGCCCACUCUGCAUUCAUGGAUCCUGAAGGAUGGUCAUCUCGGGACUCUAUUUUUGACAUUCCUCCACCCUUCCCCAACCUCCUGACCCACCGCCCACCGUUGCUCGUCUUCCCCCCUGCUCCCGCUCAAUGCUCCCCGAAUUCUGAUGAGUCCCCGCUGACCCCUUUAGAAGUCACCCGCCUACCCAUGAUGGAUAACGUCUCAUACAGUAAGUCGGGCGGUGUCGAACAGGCACAGACCUCCAGCCACCACCGGAAAGAAAAAGACCGGCAUCAGGACAGAGAACAAAACAGAGAAAGGGAUCUAACCUCCACCCACACCAUCACUUCCUCUGGCCGCUCGUCUGCACCGCCCCUCCCCUCAAACUUUUAUAAGUCCUCUAAUUCAGCCCACGGUGGUCAUGGUUACCCCCGCAGCCAAUCAGCAUGCCCAUCUCCAGUGAGCAUGGGUCGCUCUCUGACUCCUCUAAGCUUAAAGAGACCGCCACCCUACGACGUUCUGAUGGCAGGAGGAAGCAUGCCUCGCUCCUCCUCUUCAUCUUCCUCCUCCUCCCAAAGGGCAGGGGAAGGCGGGGCCAAACUCAGUAACUCCUCCUCUACCCACGGCUCCAUGCAGAACAUGUCGAUGAGGUCACAAACUCCAACAAGCCCAUUGGAUGAUCUCAACAACAUGUUUACAUCAGGGAGAAAGGUGAUGAAGAAAGGCAGCAGGAAAAGCCGCAACAGUGAAGGAGACUCCAGAUCUCUUCCCAGACAGCAUAGUAAAGACAGAGACGGACAGUCCAGUCCAGUGUCAGGCAGGAUGGGGAGAUCAUCCGUCAGCCCCACCAUGAUGCUGUGUGGAGGAGGAGCAGGAGGAGCAGGUGAGUUAUUGCUCAUAUUAACUGUGAGGAUAAUAACAGGAGGUCAGAGGUCGGGUAGGUUAUUUGUCUGCCUUCACUGACCCUGACCUCAGAGAUAAUACUGAGUUUCUCUGAGUGCGUUCAGAUAAAGGGGCAGAUAUCAGAUAUCAGUCUCUAUUGUAGGAUGAUCCCUUGUAGAACUAAUCAUAUCUUUGAUACAAAACGUGAAAGAAACACAAAGACUCUCUCUCAACAUCAGCUCACACACCUCUGUGAUCUGAUUGGUCAGUGGGCAAAGUUUCAUGCAGUUUGAUUUCUUAUCCUGAACAUAACCUGCUCUGGGGCAGAUCAGGUGUUCAUAGUCUUGAAGACUCUGAGUUAACCCUGAAGUUACCAUGGCAACAGAACCUGAGCUAAGUGUUACCUGUCAGGACGACCACAAUGUUUUUUUCCCCUGCAGAAUCAAAGUCGGCUUGUAAACUCGGCCGAUCAGCUUCAACGUCAGGCGUACCUUCCCCAGGUGGGACGCCACAACGCCAUCAGCAGCUCCACCCCGCCCUCAGCCAGGAUUGAACUUUAACAACGAUCAACUGACUGAACAAUGAAAAGUAAACAAGUAAAUAUUUGAUCAAGUCAAUAUAUUAACAACAAAACUUGAGUAAACAUGUGGGUUUGUAAACAUGUGAUCUUGUAAACAUGUGAUCAUGUAAACAUGUGAUCAUGUAAAUAUGUGAUCAUGUAAACAUGUGAUCUUGUAAACAUGUGAUCAUGUAAACAUGUGAUCAUGUAAAUAUGUGAUCUUGUAAACAUGUGAUCAUGUAAACAUGUGAUCAUGUAAAUAUGUGAUCAUGUAAACAUGUGAUCAUGUAAAUAUGUGAUCUUGCAAACAUGUGAUCGUGUAAACAUGUGAUCGUGCAAACAUGUGAUCAUGUAAACAUGUGAUCAUGUAAACAUGUGAUCAUGUAAAUAUGUGAUCAUGUACACAUGUGAUCAUGUAAAUAUGUGAUCAUGUAAACAUGUGAUCGUGCAAACAUGUGAUCAUGUAAAUAUGUGAUCAUGUAAACAUGUGAUCAUGUAAAUAUGUGAUCAUGUACACAUGUGAUCAUGUAAACAUGUGAUCAUGUAAAUAUGUGAUCAUGUAAACAUGUGAUCAUGUAAAUAUGUGAUCAUGUAUACAUGUGAUCAUGUAUACAUGUGAUUGUGCAAACAUGUGAUCUUGUAAAUAUGUGAUCUUGUAAACAUGUGAUUAUGUAUACAUGUAAUUGUGUAAACAUGUGAUCAUGUAAACACGUAAACAGAGCGUUUCCUUUGACUUGAUUCCUUUUGUAUUUUCUUUUUGAUAUGAUUUGUUUCUAUUUU